GUUGUGUUGAUUUUGGAUCGUUCUCAUAAAUUCUCAAAGAAUCCAAAGAAUUUAUCGCUGCGGUUAUAUUUGUGGUAACAUUCUCAUUCUCCUUGCCGUUCGCAAAGUAACAUAACCGACUCAGAACUCUACGUAGAGUAGAGAUACAAAAUGUGUCCAGAUUGUAUUCUGAACACGGCCCUUUAAUUGGGACAGAGUGCAGUGCACUCCGGCAUUGCACUGAAACACAGGUGUUCCUUUGCCGUAAUCAUCAUGCGAUUGGGUAAUACCCGUUGCACAUAACCAUUGUGAUGAUACCUGCUCGAUCCUGUUUAUCAUACGGACCGAUUGCAUGAGUUGACAGGUAGUGUAGAGUAGUUGUUAUUAAUAAAUUCUACGAAAAUUGGUAACGUGAAUUUACAAUAAAAAAGUGCAAUAAUGGCCCUAAAAUCAGCCAAAAUACAACGUUCUUCAAAGUAUUCAGAUUGCCGAGAUUAAGAUAGCCGAUCAUCAAAUUAUUUUAAUCUAAAACUGAUUAAAGAUUCUGAUAUUCCUGACGUGUACUGGCCCUACAGCGUGACAUCAUAUGUAAAAGCUCCCUAUAGAGAUAGGGGGGUAAUGAUAGCUGACAUGAGUGGGAGAAAAAGAAUACACUCGUAUGAAGAAUGUCACACGCUGCGGAGUAAAUGAAGAAUUCAGACUAGUCCUGCCGUUUUGUACGAUGUCAGAUGGGGUCAACGGUGGUGCUGGGGAAAAUGAGGUAGAUUCUCAUACCUCUUUACAUAUUGGAACGGUUAAUUCUUCUAAUAGAGGGGAAGAUGAAACAUUGGAUCCUGAUAGUGAAGCUGCCUUAAAUACAAAUUAUGAUAGUAGUGAUGGUAUUUUACAGGUUUACAGAUGUGAACGUUGUGAUAAUUAUGAAACUAUAAACAAAACAGAAUUUUGUACACAUCAAGAGCAGUGCCUUGUGAGUGGAGAUGCAGGUGAAAGUACUGAAGGCAUCGAGGGUACUGAAAACGAUAUCGAUGGAGAGGAAGGACACCGGUCUCAUAGGAAAAUGUUUGAAUGCGAUGUCUGUAAUAUGAAAUUUUCUAAUGGAGCUAAUAUGAGGCGACACAAGAUGAGACAUACUGGUGUGAAGCCUUAUGAGUGUCGAAUAUGUCAGAAAAGAUUUUUUCGUAAGGAUCAUCUUGCUGAGCAUUUUACGACACAUUCGAAAACUUUGCCUUAUCACUGUCCUAUCUGUAAUAGAGGCUUUCAAAGACAAAUUGCAAUGAGAGCUCAUUUUCAAAACGAACAUGUUGGUCAACAUGACAUGGUUAAAUCCUGCCCUUUAUGUCACUACAGAGCUUCCACCAUGAAAUGCCUGAGACUACAUUUUUUUAAUAGACAUGGUAUAGAUUUGGAUAACCCAGGACCAAAUAAUUCAACUUCAAUAUUGAACAGCUGUUCUCCUGGGGAAGCUGUGCAUUCUGCCCCUUUGUCUGAUAGCGGUGAUAGUACUGGCAAUCGAUCGGCUGAUAAUGCAACUCCACCGAUGCAUUUUCUUACGCCGCACGUUGAAAUUUCGAUCCCUUAUCCAGAACAAGCCAUUAAUCAACAUAAUGAGAGUCCGGUUUUAUUAAAUGGGGAGACCCCAUGUAGUCCACAAAGCGCCGACAGUAAUAGCAAUGUUCCGAGCAGUAGCCACCAACACCGAUCUAAUAACACCAAUGCUGUUCACAGAAACAGUAGUGGUGGAGAUGAAACCAUCACUCCAUCAAUUUCACUUAUUCCAAUAAAACAAGAACCAAACUGUAAUGGCCUAGAUGAAAAUGGUGCAACCUCCAGUAAUCUACCGUUGCAAUCUUUAAUAAAGGUCUCUCCUCUAAAGUCAUUGUUGAGAGAUGAUCUUCGCAGAAAAUUGUCGAAUAAUUGUCAUAAUAACAAUAAUAAUAAUUCAUCUUCAAAUCUACAUUUACGUGGUGAACCUCCGUCUUCUACUAGACCAGAUUCUCGUUCGAGCGGGUUGCAGUGUACACACUGCAGAAUAACUUUUCCUGAUCAAACUUUAUAUUUUUUACAUAAAGGUUGUCACAGUGAAAGCAAUCCAUGGAAGUGCAAUAUCUGUGGUGAACAGUGUUGUAAUCUCUAUCAGUUUAAUUCACAUUUGCUUAGCAAAAGUCAUCAGUAAUAAGGGAACAAAAAGGCACUUUAAAUAUUUUUUUUAUCAAUUUGUGUAAAAUUUUUAUACACGAAAGAAGUUUUUUCGAAAUAUAUUAUUUUAAUCUAUAAAAGAUUGUAUUUUUAAAUGGCACCAUAAGACUUAUAUCAUGCUAUUCUUCCACAUUGAACCAAUGAAUGCUGCGCUCGCAAAGAAUGAAAAAUUGUGUAUUGUAUAGUCCGUAAAUUC